AAAGAAAGGAAAAGAAGAUUUAAUAUUGCAUCGGAAACCAAGAAUGUCUGCGGGAGACAUACAAAUACAACACCCCCUGAUCAUGUGGAAUUGCCCUACCUCCAAAGUAGUGGGAGAUGCACACGGCGAGGUGCGACGCGGGGUCGCCCGCCAGUGGUGAUCCAGAGCCACGAGGAAGCGUAUCUCUUCGCAGUGUCAAGCGUGCUAUUUGAGAACUUCUCAAAAAUACAACGAUCGGCUCUCCUGCACCUGGACAGUGUACGAGAACAUCGACUGUUGCUGAUAAUAGGAAGUUUGUACUCAAGGCGAAGAACAAUCAGAAACAGUAGUAGUGCGAGUGCUUCAAAUCCUGUUACCUUUCAUCGUGAAGGUCAACAAAGACCCGGCAUUCCAAGACUGUCCAUUCAGCAGACGAUAAGGUGGGUAAAGAAUCAAGCAAUCUGACAGUCUGAAAGGAUCAUUUCAUGGUGAGUAACAAGUUAUAUGCUGAGAUUCAAGGCAUCAUUCUAGGGCAAGGCACUCUCAGUGUAAACUCAUUGUAUUGUUUUGUUCUUUGAACAGGAUGAUAUUUGU